AUGCACAAACCUGCGACUCAGCUAAAAGAGCUCACAAUAUCUGUCGACUGGGAUGACGAGGAGGAUGCGAUGGCCGUGGACGACUCGUUCACCUACGAAUCGAUGCAAGAUUUGCAAGGCGCGUCUCUGCUCGUCCCAGUCCUAGGGUGCCUCGCCGAUCUUCAACGUCUCACGAUCGAGUUCUGCGAAACACUUCUGGAGUGCGACAAACGACUUAUCCAUGCUUUCGCUGCGCUCACUACUCUUGGCGAGCUGCAUGUUACCGGCUUUGGAUUUCUCACAUAUCAGGUCGUCGCCGGUCUUCGCUCGUACUUGCGCAAGGUCUAUGUCGACUGUGGAGAUGAAGUUGCCAAGCAGCCCACUGAAGAUCGCAACUUGCAAAGUACGAACCUGCUGAGCCCAGUACAAAUGCUCCGCCGUCAUCAGGGUACCCUCCAGGAGGUUAUCAUCCACGUCGCAAAUAUGACGGCACGGUUGCCCAAACAGCGAUCGCAGACGGACGACGACGUGUUCUCGCAGGUCCACACUCUGGCGCUCAAGAGGUGUCACGUCAUCGAGCGCGAAGUGAUCAUGAACGCAUUUCCGAACGUCAACAAGCUCGAGUUGUUCUGGAUGGAGGCUAGCAACGCCCAGGAAGACCCAUCCAUGGAUAUGGACGAGAUCCGCGCAAUGAACCUUGCUUACCCCAAGCAGUGGGCGCCGCUGGACUUCGUCUACGCCGACGUUGACAGCCUGUUCACGCUCGGCUUCAAAUCCCGCGUCGGCAGGCUGGACGUCGCUCUGUGGGAAUUCGAGGACAUCGACAUCGAGCAUCUAUGCACGGUCCUGGCGGAUGUACAGCCGCGCCGCGUCGUCGUCCAGUGGGGAUACUGGGACGCCUUCAGGGAGCUCUCCGCUGAAUUUUCGCCGGACCGGCUUGGACAACUCUUCGCCGGCGUAGGAGAGCAGGCUAUCAGCGAGAUCACCCACUUCGGACUCGAUGUUGGACUCAAGAACCUCACCGAAGAUCCCGUUCAAUACACAGACGCGGUCGCGCAGUUGCUGAUGAACCUCCCGCACGUCCGCUGCUUCACGUUCCGGCUGCACGUCGUCGCCCGCGAGUACGAGGACGAGUACGCGCACUCCACGCCCGAAGACAGAGAGGACGACGUCGUCGAAGUCUUGGCCGCCGGCUUUGGUGACGAGGUUCUGACAACACUCGCCGUACAGAUCGCUGCGGCAACGGUGUCCGUGACGCAGCUGUACUUCGUGGUGAUGAGCCGUCGCAUAUAUUGGCGCGUCACACGGGGGGCGGCUGGUUCGGAUUCGGUUACGAGGGUCAGCGAAGCGGAGGGCGAGCGGCUUUUGGCUGCGGAGGGGAUGUUGUGGCAUUGCCCGUCAAAGAUAUGGUGGCCCAGGAGCCCCGAGAAUCGCGGCGGCAACUAG